GCUGGGAGAAUCUGUGAGACAGAAGGCUGCAAGCAGAGGUGAUUCCUGCUCCUCCUUCUCCUCCAGCCACAGAGCAGAACCAUGAAACCGAACAUCAUCUUCUUGCUGGCAGUGGUGAACACAGGAGCCUUUAACUAUCAUCCCAUAGAGGGGACAUCCUGUGAAAUGGCAAACUCACAGGCAUUUUGCCACAACAAAGACCUCCACCGAAUCCCUCACGAGCUCCAUCUGAAUGUAAACAAAAUAGAUCUGUCUGGAAAUCUGAUUCAAAGCAUCCCUGAAAUGCCAUUAUCAUUUUACACUUCGCUCCAGUACUUGGAUUUAAGCUUCAACCAGAUAAGCUUCAUUACGUCUGGAGUGUUUGCACACAUGACGAGUUUGCUGGAAAUAAAUUUGGCCAAUAAUCAUUUACAUGAGCUUGCUCAGAAUGGGACAGAGGGGAUUGGACUUUUGCCCAAGGUGGAAACAAUGGACUUGUCCCACAACAAUCUGUACAAUGGGAUGGCUGAGUAUUUCAUUAAUCAAGCUCCAGCACUGCAGUAUCUUUCCUUGGCAGACAACAGUAUUGUAGUGAUAUCACACAAGAUGUUUCAGGGAUCCCCCAGUCUUGUGGAGAUAGAUCUUCAGAGAAAUAUCAUCAUGGAAAUAGAAGAAGGUGCUUUUGAGACUCUAGCAAACCUUUCCAAACUCAAUCUCUCCACAAAUUCAAUUACUUGCAUCUCUGAUUUCAACCUCAGGCAGUUGGAGAUACUUGACCUUAGCAGGAAUAGCAUUGAGACCUUCAGCAUCACAAAGUCAAAUGAUGAAUAUAGUUUAAGAUAUCUGGAUCUUAGUGAAAAUAAAUUGCUUCACUUCCCAGUCUUCCCUCAGGUAAAUAAGCUGGUAACUCUGAAUUUAUCAAAUAAUUUAAUCCAGCUCACUGCUGAAUCCCCAUAUAAUAAAAUGGACUACAUGGAUGAUGAAUGGCUAGAUGCUUCUUUUCAUCUUCUUGAUCAGAAGCAAAGUAAAAAUACAAGUUCUCUUUAUUUAUCCCAACUUGUGUAUUUAGACUUAAGUUAUAAUGAAAUCAAAUCCAUUCCAGAUGGGUUCUUUGAGUCAAUGUUGUCCCUUCACACCCUUAAUCUCAGCAAAAACUGUCUUCAGGCAUUUGCAGUAAGUUAUGACAGCGCACUGAUCUCCCUAACUGUCCUUGACUUGAGCUACAAUGCUUUGCAGAACCUUCUCCUCGAUGCUGAUGCCUUGUCAAAUUUGAGGGAGUUUCAUAUUCAAAACAACAACCUUCAGACCCUGCAAUUCAACAUCUUUUCCAGUCUUCCUAGCCUCAGACUUCUUAACCUACAGAGCAAUAAUAUCAGCCUUUGCAGCAUGUACUCAGGAUUAGCUAAGCAAAGACUUGCUGGAGAGAAAAGUGGCUGUGUGUCAUUUGUUAAUUCCCCUGCUCUCCAGUACUUGUACCUAGCAGACAACAUGCUGAACAUCUUACCAGCACACACCUUCUACAAGACCCCACUGCUUGUCUUGGAUCUCUCCAUGAACCCUGGACUGAAAAUAGAACUUAAAGCACUAGCAGGACUGGAAAAGUCUCUGGAAUACUUGCAUUUACAUGGCAAUAGCCUGAUAGAUUUAAAUAUUGACUUGCCUUGUUUUAGUCACCUUAAGCAUUUAAACCUCUCUGAAAAUCAGCUGAACUGGUUGCCUAAGUGGAGUAGUGACUCUCCACUGGAAGUUCUAGACCUACGGAACAAUAGGUUCAGUACGUUACAGGACAGCAAUAUUUUAGCACUAGAAAAUUCACUUAAAAACUUGUAUCUCACUGGGAACCCACUCAACUGCUGUGGAAAUAUUUGGCUUUCAUCAAUGAUCCAGAACAAAAACGUCCAGAUCCCCAACGUGGAGCACUUAACGUGCCAGUACAUUCAGAGCUUCGGGUAUUGGGAAGAAAUGCACAUUGGGAACAUUAGACCAGAAGACUGUGAAAAAGAGGAUCUGAAGAAAAUCAACAUCCUCAUUAUAUUAACAUUUGUACUAGUUUUAUCUGUGAUCAUCAUUGGUGUGGGUUCAUUUUUUUGCUUUCGAAGGCAAAACUUUAACCAUCAAUUUAAAGCAUAGGAACACAAAAUGCCUUGAAAACUGAAGAAAUCAGGUGCUACCCUGGCACUGUGUAGGAAUGAAGGAUAAAAAUCUCAUCUUUGAGUUUUAACUGUGGAUUUUGAGGUGGUUUUGAGGUGUCCCUGAACUGCACCACUGCAGUGGUCUGGGUUGGAGGGACUGGAAGGAGAAUUUGCUCCGUUUUGCACUUGCUUCAUUCACAUGCAGAUCUGCUUAAAAGAUUACACAGUGUUAGAAGAGGCUACUGUAAAGUUCUGCUGUUGUUUUGAGAGAUGUGUAAUUUAAACCAGCUCAAAAGAAAAAGGCCUCUAAGGUCUUGAGAUCUGAGACUUUUCACUAAGAUCAGAUGAUGGCAUCAGCCAAUUAGGAAAUCCUUUCUCAAAAUUAUGUGCCUCCACAAGAUGUUUUGAUUUGGUCUGAGCUUUGCUUUUACCUAGCUGGUUAGCUCCUAACCCUUCUUAAACUGAAAUUAUACAAAGAUAUGCCAG